AUUCUUUUCAAACAUUAAUACAGUUUCUAAAGUAACAGUAAAUAUAUUACUAAUUAAAAUGAUUCGCAUAACUUUGGUAGCUAUAUUUUUGGUGGCUCACUGCGCCUACAGUUCCCCACUACAAGGCUCCAUAAAUCAAUUCCUUGGUGCUAUUUCCAACGAUCCGACUCAAGACUUACAGAAUGAUCCAUGCGCUAAGAAAAGUGACCAGGAUGCUACCAAAUGCUUAUACGAAAAAAUUCCCAACUUAGACAUGCAGGACCCUGACAUUAAGUACCGGUGCUGUAUCUCAUGGGUGGCCAAUGACUGUCUGGCAUCGGCUGGAAAAACCGACUGUACAGCUACCGAGUUGGCAGCACUGACAAAGAUCCUGAAUGAGAUUAUCGCUAUGGGUGAUGCCGGCUCCUGUAAGGCCUACCCGUACACCAAGGACAUUAAGACCUGUACUAAAUAAAUAUUUUAAAUCAAUUAAAGGUUGUAAUAAAAUAAAAGUUAUUUUAUUUAAUUAA